AUGGGUUGUAAAGGAGAAGAAUAUAAAUUAAAGGGAAAUGAAUUUCUUCAACAAAAACGUUAUAAAGAAGCAAAAGAACAAUAUACAAUGGCAAUAAAAGAAAAUCCAAGAGAGUCUAUUUAUUAUGGAAAUCGUUCACUUGUAGAAAUUAAAUUAGAAGAGUAUGAAGAAGCACAAAAAGAUAUUGAUUUGGCAUUACAAUGUAAUCCAUUAUAUGUAAAAGCAUUACUUAGAAGAGCAUUAAUUUCUAUGCAUUUUAAAAAAUAUUUUGAAGCUAAAAAAGAUUAUCUUUAUGUUCUUGAAUUAGAAAAAGGAAAUAAAGAAGCUACAAAUGCAUUGGUUACAAUUGAAACAUUAAUUAAUAAAGAAGAUAAAUUAACUAAAGAUGUUCAGGAAAUAAAAACUUCUAUAAAAUGUCCAAAAGAAAUUCCAUCUAAUUUUGAUUGUUUUGAAAGAAAUUGGAAAGAUUUAAAUGAAGAAGAAAGAAAUAAAUAUUUAAAUUAUAUUGGUAUUGAUAAAUUUAAAAUUCUUGCAAGUGAAAAUAUUACAAGUGAAAUGAUCAAUCAAAUUGCACAUAUUAAAAAAGAUGAUAUUCAAUGGAGUAAAUGUAUAUGUUCAUUUAAAAGAAUAUCAUUCUUAAAACUUUUUGUUAAUGAAGAAGCUAAAAAAUGGUUAAAUAAUUGA